GAGAGUGAUGGCAGGGCUGUCCCUUGGGCUGUUCUCACUGGAGGAUUCUGGAGGCAUCAGAGGACUGAGAGCCCAGGUCUCAGGCAGGGAGUGAGCAAUGCAGUCACCAGUUAAAAAUGAGUUUGGGUUUGGUGUUCGUGGGGGAGGAUCCUCCUAAGGUGGCAGGAGCUGCUCAGAGGCGUGGGUUGGAUGCCUGUGCUGGUCCCAACACCAAACAGAUCCUCCCUGCAUCUGUUUUCAUUGUGCUCCAUGUGCACAUCUCCACCAAAUUCCCUGGCUGCACUGACCUGGAGGUUGUGUCACACUGGCACAGAUGGGUUUUGUUUGUCCUAGGACCAAGUGCUGGCAGCAGGAGUUCCCUGGGUGAUUUGUGUGUGAGCUGAAGCAUCUCUGUAAGAGCCCCAGAGCUAAUGAUUGUACACUGGGCAGCAACAGGGACUCUGCCACUGGCUUGGCUGAGCUGCUCCAGCAUUUAUCUGCCCUGGACAUUAAAACCCAUCCCUCAUUUCUGACCUAAACCUGCCAAUUUGACUCUUGCUCUGGGUUUGGGGCCAGUGCUGGAAGAGGUUUAGGGCAGAAAUAGCCAGGUUUUUAGGACAAGUGACUCUCUAGAGCUGCUUGCUCCCUGUAUGGGUUACCCAGAGUUAGGUUCACUCUGUCAGAGGGGGCUCUACACACCCUGCAAUUACUGUAAAUGAAAGUCAAAUGAUUGUGGGAGCAACUUUGUUGUAGAGUUGAAAGCGUUAAAUGGGACAAAUCUUAGGGGAGAGCUAAUUCCCUUUAUUAGGUGGGGAAAACAAAUUAGCUGUGUACACAAGCCCUUUCUGACACUAUUGUUACUUUUAUUAUCCUGUACUGGUGCUGUUAGAAAUGAGGGCACUGCAUUAGAAGGAAGGCACAUUAUGCAAGUGUUUAGACCUGCUGGUAAGUGCUCUCUGCUGACAGGUAUUUACUUAAUGAUAUGUUGGAGUGAAAGCCAGGACUAGCAUGGAGGGAGCUGGGAGUGCUGAGCUCUGCCUAGUCCAGCCUUGCCUAGAGCUGCCUGACCUCCCAUCCAUAGAAGUAUCCCCCAAAGCCCCUUUUCUGUGCUUCAAUCAGUGUCCUGACCAUAGCACAUUCCCAGACUGAGUCCCCAGUGCUCUCCCUGCUCCCAGACCUGGUCUCAUGGAUGUCUGCAGCCUUCAGAGCUGCCCUGACUCGCUUGCAAAAGGCUUUUCUGCCUCCUGUGCUGGAGGCAAUAAUGCCUCUAGUGGGUACCAGUGGGACUGGUCACGUUUCCUGUGUCAUGUGCUGUCCAUGACGGAUGGCAGAGCCAGUUUUUCUGCUCCAAAAGUGGGGCUGGGGAGGAGACCGCAACACUCAAAUACCCGGAGCCCUGCUUGCUGCCAGCCAGGCAUCGAGGAGAUCACUUCUUUUUCAGCUCAGGUCCUCUCUGUUCCAUAGGUGUGACUGUCUCGUGCUCCAGAGCUCUUUGGCUUUGGUAAAAUGUCAACAAUCCUGAAAUGGUUUGGACGGGAAGAUAAGGAGAAAGAGGAGAGGGACAAGAAAGAGGAGAAGGAAGAAAAGGAGAAGGAAAAGACUGAGGGAGAAAAAGAGAAGGAGAAGCAGAAGAGGAGGAAGAAGGAAGAAGAAAAGCAGGGAGAUGGAGGAGAGGACAGGAGCAGCAGCAGCAGCAGCUCUGACAGUGACUUGGAGGAGGACCAAGGCAUUGCCAAGGAUGAUGAGAAGGAAGACAAGGAUUAGUCUUUCCAUACUGGAGCAGCAGUGCACACCCUGGGCAUGCCAAGGAGAUGGAGAUGGAAAGAGCAGCGUGGGCUGGAGGGCGACUGGGCCACUCUUGGCCAAAUAAAGAUGUUGUGAUCUCC